AUGUCACCACAUAGGAUUCGUAUUGUAUCUGAAUCUGAGUUUUCACAUCCAGUCAUCAUUUUAGAUGCUAUACUUGAAAAGUUGGAUGAAAAUAGUGCAUCUCUACGCUCAUAUCAAAAAUACAUCCAAGGAACUACUUUGUCUCCGAAAAAGAAGAGGAAGCACUCAGAUCAUGCAUCUAAGAAGUCGGCAAAGAAGAAAAAGCGAUUAAACUCAGAUCAACCGCCUUCUAUUCCACCUCCAGUCGUCUCUAAUGAUAAUCUUGGGGUAGAUUUAGAUGAACCCACAUCUCCUUCUAAAUUUGCUCCAGUUUCACCAGCAGGCUUUCAGUCGGUUCUAGAAAGUCCAAGUAAUCGUGUCUCCUUGGAUUAUGACUCAUUUGAGGACGAUGAUCAAGACGGUGAAAAGCAAUCCGAACUUGAAGAUCUUCCUAAAAUAUCUACAGUAAAAGAUAAUCAAGAUGAGGAUACUCCAAUGCAAACGGUAGACAUACCUUCCAGUGAAGGACUGAUAGUUGAUGAUGAAUCACACGACAUGUCAAUUGUCCUAUACUCCAAACCAUCUACCAUGACAUUUAACAUUGAUCUCAAUGAUUACUCUCCCUUACCUCAAAAAUAG